CAUCAUCUCUCUCUCUCUCUCUCUCUCUCUCUCUCUCUCUCUCUCUCUCACCACUUCGGUGCCAUAGCUGAUCUAACGAGAGCAUCUGCGUUUUAACUGUGAUUAUUUUUAACAUGUGUCGACUCUAUAUGGUGUCCACUGUUGUGUGAACAGUGCCCGUUUGGUGGAUGUGGUCGCGUCACGCGUGGAUAAGCAGGAGACGAUGAUUUUGUCGGGUUUCCUUUUCCCCGCGCUAUGGGGACUGGCGCUCGGCGGAUCUCCAAGCGUCCAAAUCGGUGGCCUGUUCCCGAGAGGAGCUGAUCAAGAGUACAGCGCGUUUCGGAUCGGAAUGGUUCAGUUCGGCACGGCUGAAUUCCGCCUCACUCCUCACAUCGAUAACCUAGAGGUGGCCAACAGUUUCGCCAUAACAAAUUGUUUUUGCUCCCAGUUUUCCAGGGGAGUGUAUGCCAUCUUUGGCUUCUACGAUAAGAAAUCAGUGAACACCAUCACGUCAUUCUGUGAAACGCUGCACGUGUCCUUCAUCACGCCCAGUUUCCCAGCUGACGGAUUCAACCAGUUUGUCCUGCAGAUGAGGCCUGAUAUCAAAGGGCCUCUCAUCAGCCUGGUGGAAUAUUACAAGUGGGAGAAGUUUGCCUACCUGUAUGACAGUGAUAGAGGCUUGUCUAUCCUGCAGGCAAUGCUGGACACAGCAUCAGAGAAGAAGUGGCAGGUAACAGCCAUUAACGUUGGAAACCUGAAGGAUGAGUGGAAAGACGAGGCAUAUCGCUCCCUCUUUCAGGACCUCGAAAACAAGAAAGAGAGGAGAGUCAUCCUAGACUGUGAACAGGAUAAAGUCAAGGACAUUAUGGAGCAGGUCAUAACAAUUGGUCGACAUGUGAAAGGAUAUCAUUACAUCAUUGCUAAUUUCGGCUUUGUGGAUGGAGAUUUGUCCAAGAUUCAGUAUGGGGGAGCGAAUGUGUCUGGAUUUCAGAUUGUGGAUUUUGAAGAUCCGCUUGUUGCUAAAUUUGACCAGCGUUGGGAGGCACUGGAGGAGAAGGAGUACCCUGGAGCAGACAGCAGAAUCAGGUAUACUUCUGCUCUCACAUAUGAUGCUGUGCAAGUAAUGACAGAGGCAUUCCGCUUCCUGCAUAAACAAAGAAUUGACAUUAGUCGCCGUGGCAACAACGGAGACUGCCUGGCCAAUCCUGCGGUGCCGUGGGCCCAGGGGGUGGAGAUAGAGCGUGCUCUCAAACAGGUGCGUGUGGAUGGAUUGACUGGAAAUAUUCAGUUCGAUCAGUAUGGCAGAAGGGUGAAUUACACAGUCAAUGUGAUGGAGCUGAAGAACAGUGGCCCUGUGAAGAUUGGUUACUGGAAUGAGGUGGACAAAAUGGCAGUCACAAAAUCUGACCUUUUUCCCAAUGACACUAUGGGAAUAGAGAACAAAACGGUUGUUGUGACAACAAUCUUGGAAGCACCGUAUGUAAUGCUGAAAAAGAAUGCUGAGUUAUUCACCGAUAAUGAUCGUUAUGAGGGAUACUGCGUGGACCUGGCCGCUGAGAUAGCAAAACAUUGUCUGUUUAAGUACCAGCUGAGGAUUGUGGCAGAUGGAAAAUAUGGCGCACGAGAUGCUGAGACCAAGAUCUGGAAUGGCAUGGUUGGGGAACUGGUGUAUGGGAAAGCAGACAUUGCUGUAGCUCCUCUAACCAUAACUCUGGUCAGAGAGGAGGUGAUUGACUUCUCUAAACCUUUCAUGAGUCUGGGAAUAUCCAUUAUGAUCAAGAAACCGCAGAAAUCCAAGCCGGGUGUCUUCUCCUUCCUGGACCCGUUGGCCUACGAGAUCUGGAUGUGCAUUGUAUUUGCCUAUAUUGGAGUUAGUGUUGUGCUCUUUCUUGUUAGCCGCUUCAGUCCUUACGAGUGGCACACUGAAGAGUUUGAGGAUGGGCAACUGGGGCCUAGCGAAUCUACGAAUGAGUUUGGCAUCUUUAAUAGUCUCUGGUUUUCUCUGGGUGCUUUUAUGCAGCAGGGAUGCGAUAUUUCGCCAAGGUCCUUGUCUGGCCGCAUAGUUGGUGGUGUGUGGUGGUUUUUCACCCUCAUCAUUAUCUCCUCCUACACGGCAAACCUGGCUGCUUUCCUCACUGUUGAGAGGAUGGUGUCACCUAUUGAAAGUGCUGAAGACCUGGCCAAACAGACAGAGAUUGCCUAUGGAACACUGGAUGCAGGCUCCACCAAAGAGUUCUUUAGGAGAUCUAAGAUUGCUCUUUUUGACAAGAUGUGGCAGUACAUGAAGAGUGCGGAGCCUUCUGUGUUUGUUAAAAACACAGUGGAAGGUGUUUUGCGUGUCCGAAAGUCCAAAGGCAAAUAUGCUUACCUUCUGGAGUCCACUAUGAAUGAGUACAUCGAGCAGCGCAAGCCCUGUGAUACCAUGAAGGUCGGAGGGAACCUUGACUCUAAAGGCUACGGCAUCGCUACACCCAAGGGAUCUGCUUUAAGAAACGCGGUAAACCUUGCAGUGCUAAAACUGAACGAGCAGGGGCUUCUGGAUAAAUUGAAAAACAAAUGGUGGUACGACAAAGGAGAGUGCGGCAGCGGAGGCGGGGAGUCAAAGGAGAAGACUAGUGCUCUCAGCCUGAGUAACGUUGCGGGAGUCUUCUACAUCCUGGUGGGCGGUCUUGGGUUGGCUAUGCUGGUCGCUCUGGUGGAGUUUUGCUACAAGUCUCGCGCAGAGGCCAAGCGCAUGAAGGUUGCCAAGACUCAGGCUCUAAAUCCCUCCUCUUCCUCGCAGAAUUCUCAGAAUUUUGCUACUUAUAAGGAAGGGUACAACAUGACGUUCACAGAUGCUAUGCGCAGUAAGGCCAGGUUGUCUAUAACAGGCAGUACAGGGGAGAACGGGCGAGUGCUGACUCCAGACUUCUCUAAAGCCGUCCAUGCUGUGCCGUACCUGAGACCUGGCAUGGCAAUGCCUCUGAGUAUGAGCGAGCUGUCCUGAGUGCCUUACACACACACACACACUUACAUACGCACACUGUUGCAAGCAUGCUUUACCCACACUUUCAUACAUAUACACACGUGUACAUAUUCUGACACAUUUACACACACACAGACACACACACAACACUAUAUAUACACAUAUAAAUGCUUAAAUACUCAAUAUACAAUGAAUCACAAAUAUCAUCUACGCACAGGAUGUCAGAUCUAUAUUGCACAUGAACAUAUUCAUGCAAAGACACUCUUUCACUGAGGUGAUUUUCUUUCUGUUCAGUGCAUUUGUUUUUUGAACAUUGUUGAUGUGUACAAUCAACAUUUACAUGCAUAAUAACAUGUUGAUAGGCAGGCAUAUAAAGAUAAACUGGUACAUUGCUAUGUGUACAUAUGCAUACAAAAUCCACAAACCUUGUGUUGGCACACUGCUAUAACGUUUUAUGUUGUUUACAUUUUACAUAACAGCUUUUCAAGCAUAUGCUCACAAUAUAACCUCAUUUUAUAACGCUCAUACAUUCACACACAAACAGACAGACACACUUUUGUCUGACUGCUUCAGUUUUCAUCAACAUUUGUCACAUUGUAAGAAAUGACAUGCAAUGCUGCACUGAGAAACAACUGUACACAUUGAAAUUAAUUUAUAUGGCAAGAAUUCCACAUCUGUUUCCAUAGCAACAUGUUUUUGGAAUCUCUGAUUCUCAACAAUUCAAGCACACUUGAAACAUCUGCAUCAAAUGUGAUUUUGUUUACUGGAUCAAC